CGAGGAAGAAGAAACUUCGAAAUAAAUUCCUCGCUCGGCCCAUAGAAUCUAUCUAUACCAUAACGGCUGUAACUAACACUCCCCCCUCUCAAGAUUCUCUUUCUGAUCUUUAGGGUUUUUCUGAUUUUCCCAACACGCUCCAGUUUCAGAAUUUAGACACGAGAUUUUGGACUGUCCGUAGGUUCGUUACUUUCUGCGAAGAAAAAUGCCGGUGAAGGACGAGAGCCCUGACAAGGAGAAGUACUUAGACUUGUUUCUGAAGAUCGGAUUGGACGAACGAACCGCGCGAAACACCGUCGCCAACAGCAAGGUUACGGCCAAUCUGGUUUCUGUUAUUCACAAGGCUGUCACCGAGGGAUGCAGGCGGACUGUUGGAAAUCUCCUAUACACGGUUGCUAAAAAAUAUCCAGCAAAUGCCCUUGUGCAUCGCCCAACCUUGCUGCAAUACAUUGUUUCGUCAAAGAUUAAAACUACGGCUCAGUUAGAAGCGGGUCUUUCAUUUUUUGUAGCUACUGCAUCAGAUGAUUUUAAGUUGGAUGCACUCGAAGAAGCAUGUGGGGUUGGUGUUGAGGUUUCAGCAGAAGAUAUUGAACAAGCUGUUAAUGAUGUUUUUGAAGAGAAUAAGAAUUUGAUUUUGGAGAAACGAUAUCGAACUAAUGUUGGUGAAUUAUUAGGUCACGUUCGGAAGAGGCACCCAUGGGCUGAUCUGAAGAGCCUCAAGCAAUUUGUUGAUGCAAAAUUUUAUGAUCUACUUGGUGAAAGGACAGCAGCUGAUAAUGAAAAGACUUCCAAGAAGAAGAAAGAUAACCCCGCUGAAGUAGAGGUUAAAACAGUUGCCGUUGUUUCUCCAGAACAGCAAUCUGAAGAAGAACUUAAUCCAUUUUUGAUAUUUCCUCGACCACAGGAAAAUUUCAAGGUGCACACUGAAGUAUUUUUCAGUGAUGGCUCUGUCCUUAGGUGUUGCAAUACAAAGGAACUGCUCGAAAAACACUUGAACGCAACGGGAGGGAAAGUUUUAACUCGCUUUCCUCCUGAACCAAAUGGUUAUUUGCAUAUUGGUCAUGCCAAGAUAACUUACACCAGUGAUUAUUUUCAAGAGUUGUACAAUUUAGCCGUGGAGCUCAUACGAAGGGGUCGUGCAUACGUUGAUCAUCAGACACCUGACGAGAUAAAGGAGUACAGAGAAAAAAAGAUGAACAGUCCUUGGAGGGACAGACCUGUUGCAGAAUCAUUGAAACUUUUUGAUGAUAUGAGAAAAGGCCUUAUUGAAGAAGGGAAAGCGACAUUGAGGAUGAAGCAAGACAUGCAGAAUGAUAAUUAUAAUAUUUUACUCCUCAUCCACAUGCCGGAGACAAGUGGUUUAUCUAUCCCAGUUAUGAUUAUGCUCACUGCAUUGUGGAUUCUCUUGAGAAUAUUACACAUUCGAUAUGUUGUUUUUGCCUUUGAUAGCUUUGUUCACUUAUUUGAGACACGCCCUGCUUCAUACUAUUGGCUAUUACAUGCGCUGAGCCUUUACCAACCAUAUGUAUGGGAAUAUUCACGACUUAAUGUUACUAACACGGUGAUGUCUAAGCGGAAGCUAAAUCGAUUGGUGACAGACAAGUGGGUUGAUGGUUGGGAUGACCCUUGCCUUAUGACACUAGCUGGUUUGCGUCGUAGAGGUGUGACUUCAACGUCAAUUAAUGCUUUUGUUCGAGGAGUUGGGAUCACUAGAAGUGAUAAUAGUACAAUAAAUUUGGAUCGCCUUGAGUAUCACAUAAGAGAAGAACUAAACAAAACGGUGCCUCGUGCAAUGGUCGUGCUACAUCCGCUGAAGGUUGUUAUCACAAACCUAGAAGCUGGCUCAAUAAUAGAUCUUGAUGUAAAGAAAUGGCCCGAAGCCCAAUCAGACGAUGCAUCUGCUUUUUACAAGGUUCCAUUUUCCAAUACUGUGUACAUUGAACAUUCUGAUUUUCGAAUGAAAGAUUCCAAGGAUUACUAUGGACUUGCUCCUGGUAAAUCUGUCCUGCUCAGAUAUGCAUUUCCGAUAAAGUGCACUGAAGUUAUCCUAUCUGAUGAUAAGGAAACUAUUCUAGAGAUCCGGGCUGAGUAUGAUCCCUCUAAGAAGACAAAGCCUAAGGGUGUUCUUCAUUGGGUGGCUGAACCUUCCCCUGGGGUUGAUCCACUCAGGGUGGAAGUCAGAUUGUUUGACAAAUUGUUCCUUUCGGAGAAUCCAGCUGAACUUGAUGAUUGGCUUGCUGAUCUGAACCCUCAGUCCAAAGUGGUGAUUUCCAGUGCAUAUGCUGUACCCUUACUGAAAAAUGCUGCAGUUGGAGACAGAUUCCAGUUCGAAAGGCUUGGCUUUUUUGUGCUUGAUAGAGAUUCCACUCCUGAAAAGCUUGUCUUCAAUAGAACAGUCACAUUAAGAGACAGCUAUAGUAAGGGUGGGAAGUAGGUCCGUGCCCUGAGAAACUGCAAGUAAAAUACAAUUUUGCAAGCGGGAGCUACCAUCUUGCAACUUGCGAGUAUUUUGUGCAGGUCAAGUGAAAGAGGAAAAAAGGUGCUUUGUCAUGUGUAUAAUGCUCAACUAUUUAUUCAUUACAAACUACAAAUACGUUAUACAUCCUGCUUAGUGAGUUGUAUGCAACUUUAAUCCCGUGCAUUGUAUAUGGGGAAAAUCUUUGGAAAUGUCAUGUCGAAGUUCUGUAAUCCUUUAUAUUUGUGCUGUUUCCUUGUAGAACUCUCUGUUUAUAUAUAAAACGGGUCAUGAAGCUUUUCACCUGCCAA